AUGACGUCAUCGCUGUCAACUUUGGUUUUGACAAAAUGGGAGUACGAGCCCGUGUCCAUAGAAACCUACAGCUCGGAUGAGAGCCAGCUGAAAAUCGAGUCCAAAGUCGAUCGUCUGAAGCGCGGAGAGUUCGGAGUUUCGUGCACCGUGGAGUGGAAAUACGAUGUGGAUGAGACCACAAUGGUCGAGGGCACUGCUUACCGCAGCAGCUCUGGGGCGGAGAACGACUAUAAGAUCCUGCCCUGGUCUGUACCCAAGCUGCCCCUCUAUGAGUAUCUCGACACGUACUACAAGGACUUGCUCAUCCCGAACCUUGGCCACUGCUCGAAUCUGCCGCAGGUCGAGGGCAAGUUCCAGCCGCCGUGGCCAAAGCAAAUCUACCACUUGGACAAAUGCGUCUUCGAUGGCGAGGGACUUCCGGAAGUUGUUCCGACCGGUUUCUACAAGAUUAUCUUCACAGUCACCGGACCCAAUCAGCCUGAAUGGGGUUUACAUUUAAUCCUUAAGGUAACAGCUAAAUUGUUUUAA